CUCCCCCUGCCCCUCCUAUAGCUGAGCCAUGCAGUCGUUCAGUAGAGAGAGGAGUGGUUUCCACGGCAACCAGCCCUGCUACCAGCAGGAGCCUCAUGAGUUAUCGCGCCUGGAAAGCUACAGACAACACCCCCACCAUGGACAGACCAGGCAGGUCUACGAGGCCCAAGCCCUGGCCACUGCCACGGGGAUGCCCACAGCGGCACCAGGGCCCGGAACUCUACCAGGACCUAAGGACUGUUACAGCCAGCAGGCGUACCCCGGAUACCCCCAAGGCAAUGGUGGCGCUGUGGCUGGGGGCGGUAGUGCCGGAGGUCCGACGUCCCAGGCUAAGAAGCCCUACAGAGGGGGGAGCAAAGUUCCCCCUCCGCCUCCUCAGCAUAUGCAGGCGGGCGGCUACAGCAAUCACAUGGGCCCCGGAGGUUACUCUGCCCAGUAUAUGAGCGAGGGCCACCUCCAGCAGUCUAAGUGGGAUGACCCAGCACAACUAGCCCAGUACGAGCAGGAGAUGGUGGGCAGGCUGGAGCCGGGUCCCCCUGGUUCCUCACAGUAUCUCGACCAGAACAUGCUGGCUCACUCUCAGAGUCAGUGUCACCAGCCACACCAGGGCUCGGCUCCGGUCUACACCAGCCCACACCACCAACCCCAUCCCACAAACCCCACCCAGUCUCCCCUGAUGUACCCCCAGGGUCACCUACACUACCCCCAGCACUCCCCCUCCCCUUCCCCCUCCUCCUCGUCCUACAUGGAAAAGUGCAGCUCCAUACCCCACUGCUACAAGGGCUACAGUAUGCCUCCCGGCUCCCAGUACGCCAGGCAGAUGGGCAGUCACAGCAGCCUGAAGCAAGGGGGCUACAGACCCCCACCCCAGAACAACUACAGCUACCAGCAGCCUCCAUCCAGAGGCGGCUAUGAGCCUCAGCCUCCAUUACAAGGCAUGCCUACUUCCCAGGAGGCCCACCCAAAAUACCAACACUUCAGCCAACCCCAGCAAAACUACUGUCUGUCUGAGCUGUCAGUCAGAUCCCCGGAGCAGUACUACCAGACCUGUAGCCCCGCGUCAAGCCACUCCCCCGCACGCUCCGUAGGCCGCUCGCCUUCCUACAGCUCCACCCCUUCCCCUCUAAUGACGAAUCCAGAGAACUUCCAGUACGGCCAGCCGCCCAUGACCCCCGGGACAACAUCCUCCUCCUCCACUUCCUCUGCAGGUCUGCAGGACCAGGGGUUACUGCUGCCGCCACGGUCCCACCCGUCCCCGUCGCCCGGCAUGGCCCACCUGACCCCGCAGCACAGCUACGUGCAGGGGGGCUCCGUGAAGGAGCGCUUCUCGGAGAAGCUGCUGGCCAACCCCAGCCUGUGGAGCCUGAACGCGCUCACCUCCCAGGUGGAGAACAUUUCCAACAACGUACAGCAGCUGUUGCUUUCCGAGGCCCUGGUGGCAAACAAGAAAGGGGGCAAGCGCAGCAGUAGCAUCGGGAGCAGUGGAGGAGGCUCCUCGAAGAAGGGAGAGGAGUUCAAGGCAGUGACAGGAGCCCCAGAGGGACAGCAGGGUGGGGGACCCAGUCAGGACCCAUAUGGCUCCCACCAGCAACAGCCCCUUCCCAUGGAGAUGCAGGAGGGUGGGUACUCCAGUAGUUCAGAUGAGCAGCUGGAGAGGGGAUACUACUAUUGCGGUCAAGGCAGGAGCCCCGCUCAGGCCCUGAACAACACACACCUAGGCUUGGACACGACCUCCUCUUGCUCCAUGACCUCUCCGGAUGACAUGUCCACUCGGUCCGGAGACUCCAUAUCCGGCGUGCAAAGCGUGGCUUCUAGGGACAAUCUGACCCCUGACCCCAGGUCACAGGGGGACCAAAACCUUCCUAACACCCCGAUGAAGAGCAUGGGCGACGAGAGGUCCCCUGCUAGUGUGACGGUCCUCAGCCCCAUGAAACAGGAGAGCCAGUCCCCUCCAGACAUUCAGCGUCUGGGUGAGCCACUGAAGGAAAACUUUGAGGAGUCAGCCUGGACAGAGAAAAUGGCAGAUGAUGAGGACGAUCGAAUGAAAAAGACUAAAGAUAGUGAGCCUGAUUGCAAAAGCAGCAAUAAUGUCACAGAUGAUUCUGCGAAGCAGGAGAAAUGGCAAGUGGAUGAGAAAGGCCAUGCUCUCUAUAGCAAGAUCAACAAAGCAGUGACAGAGGGGAAGAGUUACUGCUAUGAUGACAACAUGUACCACGAGAUACAAAACAAAUAUGAGCAUGAUGAAAGGGACUUGGUGGAGAAGUCCCCAGGCUUCUCAGACUCCAGUAACAAGCAAGAACUCCUGGGCCAGGAGAUGAAAUCUGAGGUCUUUAAAUCUGAAUCACCCAACGAUUCGGAGAGCUCAGUGAAGACAUCCCCCUUUAUUUCCAGUGGUGACCAUGACCAAGAUCAAUAUUUAACGGAGAAAGAGGACAGCUCGGAAAACGCCUCACCAACCCCGAGGGGCGAGACGUUGAACAAGAGGCUCUCUGCCUUAGAGAAGAGAGACAAUGAAGAAUAUGAGGAGGAGAAGGAGGAGGAGAGGCAACAACACUCUAUAUCUCCUCUUCUGUCUGCUGAGGAGAGAACGGGAGAAGAGAGUGAGAGCCUGCCAUCGACUGAGGAGGUAAUCAAUAAUAGAUUCAGUCCGCAGGAGAAUCCUUCUGGAGAGUUGUGCCACAGGACGAAAGGCCAAGGCCGUGCUGAGCCUCAAAUCAACUCAGAUCGUGCUGAGACAGAAACCAAAACAUUACAACUGGGUCCAGCAUUAGCGGCAGAAACUUCCGAAAGGGGUUCAGCCAUUUGUGACACUCCACCCCAGUCUCACUCGGUCAUGCCGGUUUUCUCAGCUCUGAACGAUAAAGCAACACCUCCAGCUCCGGCUCAGUCCAGGGACCAUAUCGAUCACAGCGAUGCCAAGGUGCUGGAGCCUGACUCUCCUCAGCUGCCAGGGAAGUCGAUAUUGCACUCAGCGCCCUCCUGGGCUGACACCCCACCCUCGCCAAAGAAAGGCGAUGAGGACAUGGAGCCGGGCAUCAACUGCCCAAGCGCUGUGACCCCCUCAGCCAAGCUGGAACCCAUGGCCCCAUCUGCACACCCACGGGCAUUCGGCCGAAAGCACGCCCGGGGCAGAAGAAGACUGAUGCACUCAGGUGUGGGGAUCAGGAGACAGCUGACUGUGGAGAAAGAAGGGGAGAGUGUCCCUUCACCCCCCCAGAAACCCUGCAUGCCCUCCAGCAAGAGUGUUCUGUUCUCCGAUCAGAUGGACAUGGCCGCUCACCAGGACUUCAUCACCACAAUAAGUGAGAUGCCCAAAGUGAUGGUUGAGGGCUCCCGCUCCAGAAUGUGCACUCGCUCAUUCAACACGCAAGACACACCUCCUAAGGAUCCCCAGCCUACCGAGAGACGAAAACCAGGCAGGAAACCGGGUUCGAAACCAGGCCCAAAACCAGGGCCUAAACCAGGACUUAAACCAGGAAUAAAACCAGUGCCAAAACUUGUUCCAAAGGCAAGUCCAAAACCAGGACCCAAAUCAAGUUUAAAACCAGAACUGAAGCCAGGUCCAAAACCAGGUCUCAAACCAGGUUUAAAACCUGGACCAAAAGCAGGUCUAAAACCUGGGACUAAACCGGGUCCAAAACCUGGACCAAAAACAGGUCUAAAACUAACUGAAGGAGCGCCCCGGGGUCGUCCCAAGGGCACAGGCUCUAAGUCUAAAUUGACACAACAGGAAGGUUCCAUCCAAUCCAUAAUAGAGAGUCCAGGAAGAAAUCGGAAAUGCUUAAGUGUCAACAGUAACCAAGGUGAUGAGAACCAGGAAGUGAUAGCUCCAGGCAAGGACAGAAAGAACAUGAUCCUGAGAUCCAGAAAGCCCCCCCAGGAUAAGCUUACAAAGGAGAAAGAUAAGGAGCAAGCUGAGGAAAACCUAAUUCAGACCUUGACAGAUAUAACAAAGCCCAAUGCAGUAUCUAAAUCUGAGGAACCUAUGAGCAUAGAGCAAGCCCUCUCAGUAUUUCCUAACCAGACAGACACCAGUAUAACAGACAUUAGUAUACCAGUAACUCCAUCUGAGAAACCUGCGGAAACAACCAUUGCUGUACUUCAAGGAACUGCACCUGUACUUCCACACAAAAGAAAACACAGUCCUCAGCCUCUAGAGCCUCCUGUGAAAAAAAAGAGAGGUCCAAAGCCAAAACCACAACAGUCACAGCCUGAAAAUCUCCAGGUGGAUCAGGGCCACCAGUCUUCCUUAUUCAAAUCCAAGGAGAUAGGUGAACGAGGACCCAAAAAGAAGCUAAAGAGAGGCCAGCAUCUCAAGGCAUCUCUGACCACUGUGCUGACCAAAGAUAACCCUCCUCCCAUAAUGGCUGACAGUGAUGUUGUAAGUGAAAUACCCAGUGUCCCACCUCAGUGUCCCACCAAAACCAAGUACCUUCCUCCACGCAAAGGCAGAGGUCUGAAAUACGAAGCCAUGGUUCAGAAAAUCAACUCCGGAACCAGUUCUAAGAAACACCCCCCAACACCUCAACCCGAGAUCACAGUGGCGCCAGUGGAGGAAGUGACAUCUAAGCCAGUGUCGCUGUCCAUCUGGGAGGAGAGUGAGACCCCAGUGCUGGCGCCAGGGAAUGCCCCUGAGGAGACAUGGGAGGAGGUGACAGGGGACAUGCUGAGCUCUACAAGGGUCCAGAACAAAGAACAGCUGGCAGGAGUGCAGCAGAGCAAUGUGAAGGGGUUGCAGCCAGAAUCAAACCCAGCAUGUGUGCUAGCAGCAAGUAGCACUAACAAAUCCACCAGAGCCAGAACCAAGAGGAGAAGAUGGGCCGUAGUGGAGAGUACAGAUACCACGGUGGUUGCCAUGGAGACAGGGAGCCUGAUCAUCAACACGCCGCGGUUGGCGAAGCAGAGGGCCAUCAAGAACAACCACGAGAUGCACCUGAAACAGAGAAGGAAGAAGAGGAAAGGUGGACAGGCUCCUUCAGAAGAGGUGGGGGCUGAGGACAAGGUCGAAAUACCAACAGGAGACCAAGUGAUAGAGACAGAGGCCCAGCCAACCACUGACACAACAAUAACAACCACUGUUCUACCAGCAGAGAUCACAGACAGCCCACAGAUGAUUGCCACGGAAGCAAUCCAGCCGCCUUCCUCUAAAAGAGGGAGGAAGCCCUCUUCAUCCCCCUCCAAAAAAAGGGGCAGAGGAAGAGCCCCAGGUGAACAGCCGGGCAACAAACCACUGAAGAUGCACAGAAAACCUGGGCCUAAAAAGGGGAUCAAAGAUGCUAUGGAGGUGAUUGAAGCAGUGGUGAAGGCUGCAGGGAUGGAGCCCCGACUAAAGAAGAAGAAAUCAAAAAAGAAUAGUUCCACAUUGUUUGAGGAGGAAGCGUUUGACCCGUUUCUUACAAAGGUGAUAAGCAAAACCACAAAAAAAGCCAAAAUCUCCAAAUCUGACAAAAGCCCCAAAAGCAAAAUCAAACAUUCAUUCUGUCCAUAUGUGCGUAUCGACAGCUCCCAAGAAUUUGCUUCACUCUGUACAAUCAUCAACAGACCCAAUGAAGAGCUGAAGGUGGUACUACAUAAACCCCGGAAAAAGAGCCAGAUCAAAAUUAAAAACCCAGUCAUGGUUGCCAAGGCAAUGUCAAGCUCUUCGGCUAUGCUCCAGGGGCCUUUAGUUAAUAAAACCUUAGUUGAGAGGUGUCUGACGUGUUGCCUGUGCGGAAAGCCAGCAAACUACCGGGAACUCGGGGAUUUAUGUGGGCCUUACUACCCAGAGGAUAGCAUCCCACGCAAAAUCCUGUCUGAAAGACAUCGAGAUAGUCAAGAGACAACAACAAGCUCCAAAAGCAGCUUUGAGGAUCCCACCAGCAGCACCCCAAAAAGCAAAGGAGACCCAAGCGCCGAACAGGCAGGCAGUGAAGAGGGGAAUAUGGAAACAGCCCCAAAGGAGGGCAGCAGCAGCAAUGCCCGCGGGGGUCUCCAUCAACAGCCCCAUGCCUGGCGCCCCAGGAGAGCAGAGAGGGCACUGGCAGUGGUUGGAGGCCCCCACCGCGUGACCCUACGGGACAGGUUCAGGAGGAUGCAACAGCUCCAGGAGGAGAGGAGGGCUGCGGAGGCCAGUGGUCAGGAGGGGGUCAGAGGAGGAGGAGGAGGCCUGCUCCAGAGGCUGCAAGGGGAGGCUGAAGCCAAGGAACACUGGGCCCAUGAGAACUGUGCUAUCUGGACCAAUGGGGUCAUCAUGGUGGCCGGGAGGCUGUACGGUCUGAAAGAGGCUGCCCGCACCUCAGCGGAAAUGAGCUGCGCCAAGUGCCAGAGAGUGGGGGCGUCCAUCAGUUGCUGCUGGAAAGGCUGCCCUCACAAAUACCACUAUGUCUGCGCCAAAGAGACAGGCUGCAUGUUCCAAGAGGACAACUUUUCACUGAAAUGUCAGAAACACAAGGCUUUGUAAAUAGAACCACCACCCAGGUCCAGUGAGAAUCACCUAUGCAGCGUGACAGCCAGGACAUCCCGCCUCCAACCACAGCUGACCAUGAGGAUGAGUCAUGAGAGGACAUCAUGACAGACAAACGCAUCAGCCAAUCGGGACGUAGGGGCUCCUCUUAGGCACCGAUGAUUGCAGCAAUACAGGCACAGGACAGCAGGUCCAUUAGAGAAACCCACAUAGCCCCGGCAACAGCCCAUGAUAACCAGACAGACAGACAGACUGACUGACUGCAGUGUGUUCACAGGCUUUCCACAGCUCUGUCUGUUUCUGACGUCUAGAUACAUGACAGCCAUGGUUACUUAGAGACCAGCCCUCCACGGAGAGAGGGGGACGCAGUGUACUGCUCAGCAUCUGGAAUGGUCCCUAUCAUUCUUGGACAACUGGUGAACUGUGAUUGGUCAGACCAGGUCCUCUGUGGCUACGCUGUCUGAGUUCCAAGUGUGUGUGUAUGUCGGGGGUGUGUGUGUGUGUGUGGGUGUGUGUGUGUGAGAAGAGAGCGUAUCAAGAUGUCAUGCGUCAUAAGAUGCCGCCCCUCCACUGGAUGUAUUUUAAUGUGCGCUUAAGUGUUAUACAAUUGUACAUGGCGUGCUUCAACAGGUUCUAAAUAUGAUUAUGAUAUUGAGAGAAAAAAAAUAACAGUAUUUUAAUAUAACGCUCUUCUUCCGAGAUGUAUUUGGAUGUGCAUAUUAUGGCUAUACGACCCCACUGAGUCAAUGUGGAUAUCUGUCCUGCUUUGUGUUCAAUAAAAAAAAAAGAUAGGAUAAAAAAAUAAUAAUAAUCCACAUCAAUAGCCACACCAUCGUAGUACUUAGAACACAGGCCUAAUAUGCUGCUUCAUUCUGAGUGGGUUGUGAGCUGGUGUGGAUAUUGGGUCAAAGUUCACGCAGUCAAAGUUCAGCCAAUGUGCACACAUAACAUGAUGCACAGUAGAUGCCACAUCACCAUGAAGGUGAAGGAAAGGUCAGGCCCUAGGGCCCGGGCUAAUGUCCUCUCUCACGGUACAUCUCAUCACAGACCCCCAUUGAUAUCGCCGCUGUUCUCCAUCACCGAAUGCAAGGCUGCUUUUACCAUAGAAGUAACUGGGACACGACUCGGAACGGAUUCUUAGCACUGUCUCUAUCCUCCCAGUGUGUUCGUAACGUAGCCUCCAUCUAACUACAGCAUCCGGUCAGCUGACACACUCAGCGAGCAUCCAGACAGGAGCAAGUCACCCCACCGCCAAACCUCUCGUUGUUCUAUUGCUCUCAUUAUUUAAUGGUGUACAUAGUAUUUGACGCUGUUUAAAUGGAAGACGUGAUGUACUAAUAUAAUUGUGUAUAGUAUUUCCUAGAGAUGUUUAUUUUCUAUGAAAUGUUAUUGCUUAUAAAAUGUUAUUAAAAGAAUCCAUAAAAAAUUAAAAGACUUUUGGGAAUGUCACUGGUUCUAAGUUGAGCAUGCAGUUUCUUUUUCAUGUUUCUCUUGUUUUAAAUCGAUGACACUACAUCACUUUGUUUGAAAUGUUUUUGUAACGCCGAUGUCAAAUAUACCAGCACCUUUCAAUGCUGCUCAGACCAA